CGGCCCCUGCGUCCCCAAAUCCAAGAUGGCGGGGUCCAGACGGAGGGGUUCCCGGGCUGGAGCGCGGCCGUUCCUUUGCGCCCUGCUGCUGUCUUUCAGCCGAUUCGUCGGGAGCGAUGGCACUGGAGGCGACGCUGCGGCGCCCGGCGCCGCGGGCACCCAAGCCGAGUUGCCGCACCGCCGUUUCGAGUACAAAUACAGCUUUAAAGGGCCGCAUCUGGUGCAGAGCGAUGGAUCUGUGCCCUUCUGGGCCCACGCGGGGAAUGCUAUUCCAAGUUCAGAUCAAAUUCGAAUAGCACCAUCAUUAAAAAGCCAGCGAGGUUCAGUGUGGACAAAAACGAAAGCAGCCUUCGAGAACUGGGAGGUGGAAGUGACAUUUCGAGUGACCGGAAGAGGUCGAAUUGGAGCUGAUGGCCUAGCAAUUUGGUAUACAGAAAAUCAAGGUUUGGACGGCCCUGUGUUUGGAUCAGCUGAUCUGUGGAAUGGUGUUGGAGUGUUUUUUGAUUCUUUUGACAAUGAUGGAAAGAAAAAUAAUCCUGCUAUAGUAGUUAUAGGCAACAAUGGACAAAUUAAUUAUGACCAUCAAAAUGAUGGCACCACUCAAGCUUUAGCGAGUUGUCAGAGGGACUUUCGUAAUAAACCCUAUCCUGUGCGCGCAAAGAUUACCUAUUACCAGAGGACGCUGACGGUCAUGAUCAAUAAUGGCUUUACACCAGAUAAAAAUGAUUAUGAAUUUUGUGCCAAAGUGGAAAAUAUGAUUAUCCCCCCACAAGGGCAUUUUGGGAUAUCUGCGGCAACAGGAGGUCUUGCAGAUGACCAUGAUGUUCUUUCUUUCUUGACUUUCCAACUAACUGAGCCUGGGAAAGAGCCACCUACGCUAGAAAAGGACAUCUCAGAAAAAGAAAAGGAAAAGUACCAAGAGGAGUUUGAGCACUUCCAGCAAGAACUGGACAAGAAGAAGGAGGAAUUCCAGAAAGACCACCCUGACCUCCAGGGGCAGCCAGCGGAUGACAUAUUCGAGAGCAUAGGAGAUCGCGAGCUCAGACAGGUCUUUGAGGGACAGAAUCGUAUUCAUCUGGAAAUCAAACAACUUAACAGGCAGCUGGAUAUGAUCCUUGAUGAACAGAGGAGAUAUGUGUCUUCCCUGACAGAGGAGAUCUCCAGGAGAGGAACAGGGACCCCAGGGCAGCCGGGGCAGGUUUCUCAGCAGGAACUGGAUACUGUUGUGAAGACCCAGCAUGAGAUUUUGAGACAAGUGAAUGAGAUGAAGAACUCCAUGAGUGAAACGGUGCGGCUGGUCAGUGGCAUCCAGCACCCUGGCUCGGCAGGCGUCUAUGAGACCACUCAGCACUUCAUGGACAUCAAAGAGCACCUGCAUGUCGUGAAGAGAGACAUCGACAGCCUGGCACAGCGCAGCAUGCCGUCUAAUGACAAACCAAAAUGCCCAGAACUACCGCCAUUUCCGUCGUGUUUAUCCACAGUCCACUUUGUGAUAUUUGUAGUCGUGCAGACAGUGCUGUUCAUUGGCUAUAUCAUGUACAGGACUCAGCAAGAAGCAGCUGCCAAAAAAUUCUUUUGACCUUCAUUUUCCUGUAUGUACAUCAUGUAUGUAUGAAUGUGCAAAUGUUGUCUUUUCGAGGGGAUUUGGUAUUUAAAUGGCUCCAUAGUCUAAGUUAUUAAAUUUUGUAUAAAAUAGCAUUAAUUUUUCAGUAAAAAUAAAUCUUCAAGACAACCACAUUUUGUUCAUAGUACCACAUGUCUUUCCAUGUCAGCGAGCUUCUGGUAGGCAAAGUGCAGCCACUGAAGAAAAUGAUGACAAGGCAAGACAUAAAACAGGGCAGCCGCCGGCUGUGGGCAUUUCCCCUCCAGCUCCGCUAUCGGAGGGUUCUUUCUAUAUUUAUAUAAACGAGGUCUAAACAAGAGCACCCUAUUCAUGUGAGUCUUGUAACCAAAGUCAUUUUUAGAAGUGAGAAUUCCCGAUCCAAGAGUGAGUUCUAGAGUCCUUUGGUCCCAGCACAUCUCCCUGUGGAAUCAAUGAUUUGUCUGAGAGCUUGAAGCAUUUAAUGAAAUGAUUUCCCCCUCAAUCUUGGAUGUGUAUUUCACUUCUAAAGAAAACUUCUGUGGGAAGUGAAUAACUACUUUUUGCCUACAUCAUUUAGUUGAGAACAGUCUUAUGAUGAUGAUUUUUAAUGGAUAUUUUGCCUGUUGGUAUAAUCAUUCAUGAUGGCCAUUGUCUUGAAUAUCUUCGUUCUAAUAAUGUCAAUUUGAUAUUACAGAAAUAAUUUUUAUACUUUUAAUCUGUGGAAUUUUUUUCUCCCAAUCUGUCAAACCUGUAGUUAGCUCUAAUUACAUGUUCUACAGCUAUUUUAAAUUCACAGGACUUACAAUACAUUCUGGUUUAUAUUACUCUGGUUUGUGACUUUCAAAUGUAAAUUGAGGGGGCUAUAGCAGAAGCAGCUCUGAGCUAUUUGAAAACAAGUUUGUAAAGUAAAUACUUCCUGUUUCUCCUUUAAAUGCUAGAUAUAAGGAUGCCGUGAAGCGUCCAUUGGUGAAUUAACCAGGAAACAUUAGGCUAGCAAGAGCUGAUAGCAGCGCACGUUAGCUGUAGGUAUUUGAGGAACCACCUGUGACAUUUUCAAGUGCAGAUUUCACUUUUCUUUUCACAGCUGAGCUAGGACUUCCGCUGGCUUCAAGACAAUUUACCUCUUAUUAAAGUAAUGGUCUCGUUUGCUAUGGGAUCCAGAACAACACUGUUUAAGAUAUGCAACUAAAUUGUUCUAAGCCUUCGUAAGUUUUCCCUCAAAUGUUACUUGCAGAUGGGCUAACAGCCUAAACUCUAUGUGAAGACUUUAUAACAGCGGUCUGUGCUGUGCACCGUGUGUGCCGUCCUGCCUCGCCUCUUCUGCUGGCGUUCCUCUAGAUCUCAGACCGUGUCCUUGCAGUGGCUGCAGAAACUGCAGCAUACAACACUGCUCACUUUCCCCUCUGCAGCUGACGUUCUGAAACUCAUGCUCCACAAGUGUCAUCUUCCAGAAUUUACUUACAUUUUAAAAAAACUUUCAGGAAAAAAAGCCAAAUUGUAGUCAUUGGGAAAUCUUCUUGAGAUAAAAGGCUGCCAAAGCCAGCGUGACAAAGUCCACAGUCAUGUGUGCCUGAACAUUAAAGGAACCCCAGAUCAGGGCAGUGUACACUUUGCAGGCUCAAGUCCAGGGGAAGCGCGCUGAUCAUUCCUGACGUGAUUCUAUAGGGCAGCUAGUCCCUAUAGAAGGAGUGGAAUCAUUUUACUUGUUAAUUGCUUAAAAAUCACUCAGCAAGAUCGUUCACACAGUAUGUCUGUCUUUGUUUUCCUCAUGAUCAUUAAAUCUGAAUCUUCUGAGCAAAACCCUGCUCUGGGGGAAAUUAUCACUGCCAGAGUUCCUCCGUUCUGUAGUGUUCUGUGUAACUGGAAUUGUUCACUUCUAACACCAGCAAGUAUUUUACAGGUGCCUUGGAUUAAAACAAAAUUUAUUUUAAAACGUUAAUGUAAUUUUAUGAUGCCACUUUUGAAAGAAAUUGCAAUUAUGUAUUUGCUGAUAGAUUUGUGUAAUACGCUGUUUUGUUACAAUUAUUUGAAUGCUUUCUUUAGCAUAAAAUUUCCCCAUGAAGUCAUACACAAUAACAGCGUUUUGUCACGUAUCAAAGACACGUCAGUGUUUUUCAGGACAUGGCCUGUGGACCAGCCAUUUAGUUCCUGAAAUGCUUAUGAGGAAUACAGAUUCCAAGGCUCCAUUCCAAUCUAGCCACAUCACAAAUCAGGUGGGGCUUCAGAGUGUCCAUUCCACAGACACCACUGACAGCUGAGAACCACUAAAAUGAGGAGUAGGGAAAGCCGUGUGUGUGGUGGGUGUUUGUUGGCUGGAAGCUGAGCUACGCACGUUUUCGCUGUCAUUGAGAUCAGCAGCUCUGCUGCUUCUUCUGUGCUUGUUACUGUUUGUUUGUUAAAGCUCGUUGUUCAGCAGCAGCUACAAACCAACCGCUGGUUGUCAGCUGACCUCUUGGCGCGACAGUGAUGACUCUGAACCUUGCAGAAUCAUCUGUGGCUCAUGGCGAAGCAUACGUGUGCUCGUCAGGAAGCCUGCCUGCCGGAGCUUGGCCUUCUGAUUGUCUCCAGGUUUAGCUCAGACAGCUGCACAUGUGAUAACUUGAGGACAAUGGAAAAGACUUGAAUCAGGGCUUGCUCACCUGCUGCUCUGCUGAGAAUCGGUCUCUGUAAAGAACUGACUGGUGGCCGGGGUCUGAGGCCCUCGCAGGGCCUAGUGCUGGCUGGAGAAAGGUGAUGAACAAAUUAGUCAUUGGGAAUUUUGUAUUUGUAAGAUUUAGGGUGAGAUCAGCUCUUGCAACUUUUUAAAAUCUGUAUGUUGCCCGUUUUAAGACAUUUCCUUUAUGAUGUUAAAGUUUAAAGGGUCUUCUCUCCGCUGUCAGUUUCAAUUAUAUAACAUUUUGUCAAGGUUUUUUGUUGUUUGUUUGUUUUUGUUUUGCUUUUCUGAUUGUUACUUGAUGCUAGCUGGAAUUCAGGAAAUGUCAAUGACCUUAUUCAAAUAAAAGAAAUAUUUUAGUAAA